AUGGCUCCUACUGAGGACGUUGAUGGUGAAGCUGCUGACGAGCCACCUAACGAUGCUCCCGCGCGGACGGGCUUAGAUUUCCUGCGAGGGCUGCAUGCGAACCCUCCGCCUGUCUGCACGGCAGGCCCGUCAUCCUGCAGCAAUGAAAACGUCACAGAGGUUGGCGAGUCAUCGUCUGCUGCCUUGAAGAAGAGGCAUCGCUACGCGCAAGCCGUUCUCCCAUUCGGCACGCCCCCUGCGAUACUGGCUCCGCCUCCCGCACCCGUCGAAGCUCCCAAGCGUGUGUCUCGUGAACUCACGAAAGCCGAGAAGGCAGAGGAGAAGUUUCUGAAGGUGCAGCAUCUAUACAUCACGCAAUGGCUGCCGAAGUUUGACUGGCUGCUACUUGACAGGAACGAGGAGGGCCUGCCCAUACUGCGAUGCAGUAUAUGCGUGGAGCACGGCAAGGACGACGUGAAAUUUGGACGCAACGGAACGGGGGGACGCGAUCUGCAGCUCGGAUCGAUGCGAUGUCACGAGCUGAGCGGCCGCCACGACGUAGCCAUGAAAAGGCAGCGGACGCUCAUGGCGGAGAUCGAGAAGCAGAAGAGAAUCGACGAUUUCGCCAACACCGACAAGGAGGGCGCGCGGCUCACUUGUCUCAUGCGCGGCGUGGAGUUCAUCUGCGACCAUGACGCCCCGAUCGCGAUGUACACGAAGCUCAUAGAAUUUCUCGCGAAAGAGGGAUUCGCAGACAUCCCGCUUCAGUCCUAUAGGGUGUACAUCACAUAG